GGGAGGGGGGCGGGGCCACUGGAACCCGGAAGCGGAACAGUCAAAGGGAUGUUGGUGACCCGGUAACUGUCUGUGUAUCCCUGCGGAGAGGGGUAAGGGGGUGGGAAUUAUAGAGUCUGUACAUUCAGGAGAUCCGGACAUGGACACACGCUUCACCAGGGGCAAGUCUCCCAUUCUGGAGCGCUCGCUAACUCGCCCAAAGACCGAGGUCAGCCUGAGUGCGUUCGCCCUGCUGUUCUCCGAGAUUGUGCAGUACUGUCAGAACCGGGUGUACUCUGUGUCCGAGCUGCAGAACAAGCUGUCCGAGCUGGGCCAGCAGGUCGGCGUGCGCAUCCUUGAUGUGCUGGUGAUGCGUGAGAAGAACGGCAAGCGCGAGACCAAAGUCAUCAACAUGCUGCUCUUCAUCAAGGUCAACGUGUGGAAGGCGCUGUUUGGCAAGGAGGCCGACAAGCUGGAGCAGGCCAACGACGACGACAAGACCUACUACAUCAUCGAGAAGGAGCCCCUCAUCAACGCUUACAUCUCAGUGCCCAAGGAGAACAGCACACUAAACUGUGCCUCUUUCACAGCGGGCAUCGUGGAAGCCAUUCUCUCGUACAGUGGCUUCCCUGCCAAGGUCACCGCUCACUGGCACAAGGGCACCACGUUGAUGAUCAAGUUUGACGAGUCGGUCAUCGCGCGUGAUAAAGCUUUGGAUGGACGCUAAGUUUCUGCCCGGCUCACUUUGUUCUGUCUCUCCCCUCCCCUUUCUCUUCCUACGUGGUCCACCCUACCCCCACCAAAUCUCAAACCAACAAAUCUCUGCUUCACCUUGUAACAUUGAAAUGAUUUUUCCUUCGGCCCUCACUGACCAUUCCAAGCUUUCCCUAUGUUCAAGCCUGUGUUCCUGGCUGUGCCUUGCAGUAGCCUCUCCCCGUGCCCUGGGACCUGACCGAUAUAGAUCGUAUCUGAAAGAAGGCCAGCUGCUCCCAGUGUUUGCGCUAUCUGAACCUGUACGGGAAAGUUAGCUGUUAUAAAAUCAGACCACGUAGCUAGUGGCAACACUGUCUCUCGUGUGGGAGGCUGCCAUGAUUCAGGAAUUAUUCUCAUCUCUGUAAUAGUUUAUACAGAGUGGGAUAGAAUUUUACAGAUUUUAGUUUUAACUCCCUGAAAGGGACCACUGAAUGUGGGGUAUGGGGUGGAUUUUGGAAAUUGGCAAAGCGUUUCCUCUGCAUCAAGGGCUGUUCUGAUCUCACUAGCAAAGUCUGAGUCUAACCCUGUGCAGUAAUUGCGCUGCGAGUGUUUGUGAGGGUUGGGGCUGCUGGAGGGGAAUGUUUGGGGACAGCGUACAGGAGGCUUUACACUGUGUCAACCCCAUGGCGUACCUGUGCUGGGAGUGUUUCUUGGGGACAGUGCAGAGGGAGCUUCACUUUUAGUUUGAGUAGACGGAGCUUUACUCUGUAUCUAACCCUGUCCUGGGAGUGUUUACUGGCACUGCAUGCCUGAAACCGCUCACAUUUGACAACAGAUUGCUUGUUUCUCUUCCUUUUAAAAGAAAUGUGAGGUGUUUGAGUGUCCGAGUUAAGGGUUUGUCUGCCAGCGUUGUGUUGAGGUGGUCCAUUUGUCUGAUCUCCAUGUGGAGUUGCAUCCUUUGACUUGAACCCAGCUCCAGCAGACAAUGGAACUAGGAACAACUGUGUAUAUUAUUCCAAUAAAGUUGUGACAAUUAA